AUGCUGAGAUUCAGCAGUGUGCUUGUGGUUGUAAUCUUCCUUGUUAAAGGUUCCUCUUCCCAGCUAAAUGUAUGUGGUCGUGCACCUUUAAACACCCGUAUUGUGGGUGGACAGGAUGCCACUGCAGGGUCAUGGCCUUGGCAGGUUAGCUUGCAGAGCCCUAAUUAUGGAGGUCAUUUUUGUGGAGGAUCCCUUAUCAACAAAGAUUGGGUUAUGACAGCAGCCCACUGCUUCUCCAGCACUCAGUUUACCAAUGUGGUUGUGUACUUGGGAAAACAAACACUACAGGGUUCAAAUCCCAAUCAGAUCUCCAGAAGAAUUGUACAGGUGGUUCGUCAUCCUAACUAUAACAGCAUCACCUAUAACAAUGACAUUGCUCUUUUGCGCUUAAACGCCUCUGUUACCUUCUCAAACUACAUCAGACCUGUGUGCCUAGCUGCUCAGGGCAGCACAUUUGCUAGUGGCACCAGUUGCUGGAUUACAGGCUGGGGAACGAUUGCUGGUGGAGAGCAGCUACCUUACCCUGGUGUACUGCAGGAAGCAGUAGUUCCUAUUGUUACCAAAAAUGAAUGUAAUAAUCUACUGGGAGCUGGCUCUGUUACCGUAAACAUGAUCUGUGCUGGUUUGCUAGAAGGAGGAAAAGACACAUGCCAGGGGGACUCUGGGGGUCCUCUGGUACUUAAGCAGGGAGCAACAUGGGUACAGGCUGGUAUCACUAGCUGGGGUGAAGGCUGUGCAUUGCCCAACCUACCUGGUGUGUAUACCCAAGUGUCCCAGUACCAGAGCUGGAUUUCAUCUGUACUUAAACAGAAUCUGUGUGGCUUUGUCAGGGUUUAGUAAGCAAUGGGAAAAGGAAAUGAAAGCACUAACAGCACCACUGAUGGUUCAUUCAGCCUGAAAGCACUUGACUUUACAAUUUGUUUUAUAUAAUUUGUAAAAAAAAAAAAAGAUGUAGUUAUAUAUUUAGUUAGUUGAAUACAUUCCUCCUUUUUCUGAGUGUGUUU